AUGGCUUUUAUGAAAACCUCGCUAAUGUCAGAGUGGGGUAUCAGUGACAAAGUGACAUGUCUAAUGACUGAUGGAGCAGCAAAUAUGGGAGCUUGUGCCAGAGAGCUUCAUAUGCGUCACACUAUUUGUGUGUCACAUACGCUAAAUCUUUUGGUGAAAAAAGCUCUUGACCAAUGUCCUGAAUUGUUCCACAUCCGGGCAAACUGUCGAAAGAUAGUUGGUUAUUUUAAGAGCAGCACUACAGCAAAGGAGAGACUAACUCAGAUGCAAGUUCAAAUGGGCCUUCCGGUGCUUAAACUUCUUCAGGAGGUUGAAACGAGGUGGAACAGCACUUAUCUCAUGCUUCAGCGUAUCUACACUUUGAGAGAGCCUGUCGGAGCAGCUUUGGCUGGUCUACGCACUGAUCUGACACCAUUGUCUGCUGAACAGUACAGAAUUAUUGCUGACUGUUUGAAAGUAUUGGAGCCAUUUAACUAUGCCACAAUUGAGCUGUCUGAGGAGAAGAAAGUUUCGGGGUCAAAGGUAAUUCCGCUGUUGUCCAUGUUGCAUCACUCCCUGGAGGAAGAAGAGAUUCGACAGCUUCAAACUCCAGAGAGCACAUCCAUGGUUGAGUUUCUGCAAAGACAACUAAGAGAGAAGCUGAACCAACUCCAGUCUAUGAGCAUUAUGUUUCUGGCUACUCUGCUUGACCCAAGGUUUAAAAAAGUAGGCUUCUUCAGUCCCAGUAAAGCAGCAGAGGCAGAAAAAAGGCUCACGAUGGAAUGCGCAGCUAUCAUGAGCCGCACAGCCUCAUCUACUUCAUCAUCAUUAUCAUCAUCAGAACCUUCCCAGUCUGUUGGAGGAAGCAAACUGUGGCAUCAUUUUGAUGCCUCAGUCCAUCAAGCAAGAACCACAAAUGUCACGGCAAAUGCAACAGUUGAGGUGCAAAAGUAUCUGGGAGCACCAAACAUCCCCCGAGUUGAAAGUCCCCUUCAGCUGUGCAAGCGUGUGUGCGUGCGCGUGUACGAGAAAGGGGAGGACGAUAAAGGGAGGCAGGCAGGUCUAUUGUUGCAGCAGCAGCAACAGGCGUCGGUGGAUGAGGACGCACCAUAUGGCCUCUGUGAAGAGCUCACUCCUUGA